UACAUUAAAUAAUCUACGUACUUCACUUCUAGGUGUUUCUUUUCCUUAUUUUCUUCUAAAAUUUUACAGCCAUUUCCGCCAUCAUCUAAUCUAAAUAACUAAAAUCUAAUCUUAAUCUUUGUUCGUUUUUUCCAGUCAAAAAAAGCAGUUCAAUUCUGGUUAAUAGCUUCAGAAAUAAAUCCAACUCAAAGAAGAAAAUCAUACACCCCAAUUAUAUCGGACAAAUUUUCUAAAAUAUAAAACCACACACAAAAAAAACCUCCUUUCUCUCUCCUCUAAAUAAUCCCACCUCAACUCACUUUCUUCUGUUUUCCCCAAAAUUUCAAUUUUCUUCUUUCUCUGCAUCUUUUCUAUUGCAGAGAAACACACAAAAAAUUCCCCCUAAAUUUAUUUUUGGAGGGAGAAAAUUCCAUAAUUCUAAAAAAGAAGUUCAAUUAACAUAAUUAAUUCUAGUGUUUUAUUUUUCUGGGUAUCUUUUGUGAGGUGGGGAAAGAAUUAAACAAAUAAUAAGAAAUAAAAUAAAUGCAAAAAUGGGUAAUAUGACAUCAAAUGUGGCUGCAAAGUUUGCAUUUUUCCCACCAGAACCUGCAACAUAUGAAGUGAUAAAAGAGGAAGAAGAAGAUGAAGAAAAAGAAAGGUGGGUAUUUUCAGGAAUAACAGCAGAUAAAAAUGUGGAUGUUCAUGUUAUUGAAACAAAGACUGGAAAUAAAGUGGUUGCAACAUUUUGGAAACACCCUUUUGCAAGGUUUACCCUUUUGUAUUCUCAUGGUAAUGCUGCUGAUUUGGGUCAGAUGCAGGAGCUUUUUAUUGAGCUUAGAGCACACCUUCGUAUUAAUAUUAUGAGCUAUGACUACUCAGGAUAUGGAGCUUCAACUGGCAAGCCAACGGAGCACAAUACAUACUAUGACAUAGAAGCUGUAUACCAUUGCUUAAAGAGAGAAUAUAACAUUAAGCAAGAAGAAUUAAUAUUGUAUGGCCAAUCAGUUGGAAGUGGCCCCACAUUACAUUUGGCAUCACGUAUGACAAGAUUAAGGGGUGUUGUUCUUCAUAGUGCUAUACUAUCUGGUAUACGCGUCCUGUAUCCUGUGAAGGUUACAUUGUGGUUCGACAUUUUUAAAAAUAUUGACAAAAUUCGGCAUGUCACCUGUCCAGUCCUUGUUAUACAUGGAACCAAUGAUGAAAUUGUAGACUUGUCUCAUGGGAAGCGAUUAUGGGAACUAUCAAAGGACAAGUAUGAGCCACUAUGGGUAAAGGGCGGGGGUCAUUGCAACCUUGAGACUUACCCAGAAUACAUCAAGCAUUUGCGUAAGUUUAUCAACUCAAUGGAAAAAUUAGCCAUCACUCAGCCACACAAGCAGCUUACUGAGGCCCCAAGUAUAACCGAAAAUAAGCACCAUCGAUGCUUAAGAUUUGGCAGGAGAUAGCAAUAAUUACAGUAGCCUCAGCAUAUAUGGAGAAUCUCUGCGCCCCUGACUCUUAGUCUGGCUGGCUUGUUAUCGCACUCGCAUCUGAAAGCUGAUAGGAACAGUGUAUCAGUGUUGCUUGUAUGCGCUUUCUAUGGUAACCCCCAUUGAUGGAAAUAGAGAUGUGGUUGAUUUUAGUGUUUCUACUAGCAUCAGGUCCAAAUUUCCUGAUGUUGGUUUUACAUCAUGUAUCAUAUUUGGGGUGAACGAGUGUACAAUCCUGUAGUUCGUUGGAUGUAGCAUUAUCUGUAGGACGAGCUAGCACAAGUUUGAUAAUCUUGUUUAUGUUAUGUAGAGCCACCAGGUUGAUAAUUGUGGAUUACAGAAAAUCUGGCCCUUAUAAUUGUAUGCAUUUGUAAGUUUUCAUU